CAUGUUAGCGAGGAGAUGCGAGUUAGCCGAAACUCUUCACAUAACAUGUCCGUGAAAUAGUCCGCAUAAAGUUCAAAGUGCGGAGUGUUUUUGGAGUUUUAGUUCGUGAACCCCUCACUGCUCGAGGAUGUUUUCGUCUGCCUGGAAUUUUGUUAAACGCCACAAAAGGAAAUUUAUUUUCGCCGGAGCUGUAGUUGGAGGAGUGUACUUCCUGGGUAAAUAUGCCCAGAAGAAGAUCAGAGAGCUCCAGGAGAAGGAGGCGACGGAGUACAUUGAUCAGGCAAGAAGGCAGUUCCACUUCGAAAGCAACCAGAGGACCUGCAACAUGACUGUGCUGUCCAUGCUCCCUCCACUGAGAGAAGCCAUCAUCAGUCAACUCAACUCAGAAAGUCUCACUGCACUACUGAAGACCAAACCAGGUAAUAAACUGGAGAUCUGGGAAGAUUUAAAGAUCAUCAGUUUCACCCGCACUGUUGUGGCAGUGUACAGCACCUGCAUGCUGGUCGUUUUACUGAGAGUCCAGCUGAACAUCAUCGGAGGAUAUCUGUACCUGGACAACUCUGUGGGAAAGAACGGAAUGACUCCUCUUGCUCCCCCAGAUGUCCAGCAGCAGUACCUGUCCAGUAUCCAGCAUCUACUAGGCGAUGGUUUGACAGAGUUGAUGACGGUGGUGAAGAAGGCAGUACAGAACUCACUGGGAGGGGUGUCUUUGAAGCAGAGCAUGUCCCUGCUGGAGCUGGAGCAGCAGCUGAGCUGGAUCAGAGCGGAGGUGGAGGCGGGCUCUGAGCGGCCACUGUCCUGGUACAUGCUGGCUGAUGACGAGAACGCGCUCGCCGACCAGGCGUGUGGGUUGACGGAAAACGAUGUUAUGACCAUCAGACUGUUAAAUGAGACCAGAGACAUGUUGGACAGUCCAGACUUCACCACCGUCCUAAACGCCUGCCUGAACCGGGGCUUCUCUCGACUUCUUGACAACCUGGCAGAGUUCUUCCGCCCGCCUCCUGGUGACUCCACCCUCAGCUCUGCACCUGAUAGUCUGUCUGCAGUCUGUCUGCCGCUGGCGAAGAUUAUCCCCAUCAUCAACGGUCAGAUCAACACCAUCUGCAGUGAGACUCCCAGCCACUUUGUUCAGGACCUGCUGCUGAACGACCAGGUGAAGGAGUUUGCAGCCAACGUCUACGAGACCUUCAGCAUGCCACAGGAGCUGCAGAAAUAAUCAGCCGAUCGUGAGGAGGACAAGAAGAGAGGGAGAAAAACAGAAAUGACAAAAGCCGUGGACGGUUUACCCCUCCUCCGCUCAGAGAGACGCGUCUCUCCUCAGCAUCCUGUGGACUUUUCGCUCUGUGACGGUGAAGAUUUGUGGUGAAAACGUCCACAACAAAACAUUCACAGGAGCAUCUGUGUCCCCUCUGUGAACGGCACCGUGAUGGAUUAUUGAACUGGUAGAGGAGGAAGAGACCUGCACUGGGUUUGUCGUCACAGCUGAGCCUGUGAUAAACCCUGGCACCACUGCAUUAUGGGAACUAGUGUCUGAUUUAAGCUGGUAAUGUGGUUUUAAUUCAUCCUGACAGGCGGGAAACAAGCGGGAAAACGCUAAAACUAUCUAAAGGUGCAUUGAAGGAUCAGGCACGGCUGUUAGGAGCCGAUCUCCACAGUUUUCAAACGAGAUGAAUUCGAAGCAAAAUCAGUUUGUCGAUGUUACCGAUUUUAGGACGACUUUCCCCUUUUCUGUCAGCGCUGGUGAUUGUUUCAUGUCCGUUCACGACUCAGCUGUUCAGUCUACAAGGUGUUAGGUUUUCUUUCUUUUAAUCAAACGUUAAAUCCUGUUUUUCUAGCGCACUUUGGCCAGUAGGUGUCACUCUUCUUCAGCUGUUGUGGGAAUCCCUCUGCACCGACACCCUUUCACUUCAUAUGAACGACUUCAUUUCAGUUCAGUUUUGUUUCUCCUGUUUUUAAGUCGAGUUAAAUCCAAUCUAAAUUUGUGCUUCCAUUUUUUUUAUAAUAUUGGUUUCACAUGUCACGAAUGGCUGAUGACUGAUUUUUGGAACGAAAUCCUUCGGCCUGAAGAACAGUGUUUCCCUCUUCUUUCAGUUUUACACCUGUUUUUUCACUGAGUUUGUGUGAAUGAGACAUCUUUGGAGAUCUGAAAUGAUUUUGGAGUCGUACUUGUAUUAAGUAGGGCUGCAACGAUUAUUAUUGAUUAAUCUGCCGAUUAUUUUUCUGAUUAAACAUUUUGGCUGUAAAAUACCAGAAAACUAAAAAGCUGUGAACGGCAAAUAUUUAACAUUGUCCCUUUAAAAAGUUAAAUUAUUUGAUCAUAAUGAUUGAUAAAGAUUAGUCGAUUCAUCGUUGCAGCUCUAAUUACAAGACUGUUAUCCAAAGCCCUGAAACCUGUACAAGUCUAUAAACUGCACAGUGCUUCUCAGUCCUGCUCCCGUCGACCCCAGGUGCUGCAUGUUCUCUGACUCUUCACACUCAGCGUCUGAUUGGCUGAAAGCACAUCAGGUGCUGGCGAACACACCUGAUUCCACUCAUCGUCGAUGGGCAGAGCAGGGGGAGGUGGAAAAGAUGCAGCAUGUAGAGUCUGAGUCAGUGAGACGAGGCGAAGGUAUCGUCUUAUAUCACAGUUCCUCGUUUGAGCCGAGCAGACUGAUUGUCAGUGACGUGUUUCAUGUGCCGUCGUUCAGUCUGGAUAACGUGGCAUUUCUCAUUUUCUUGUUUCAUACAGUACUUAUACAACUUCUCAGUGUUUGAAAUUUGUUUACAGGUGAUCUGAGUCAUCCAGGUGCCUGUAAUCAAAG